AUGAAUUAUCUUGAGUGCUUACAUAAAUUUGUUAAUGCACAUUCAGAAAAUUUUUUACAAAGCCUUUAUGCUGUAGUAGAAAGUUCACAAAUAGAAUGUCUUGAAUGCCCAAUAGAAAAAACAAGCACAGACAAUUUUUUAAUAAAAAUAUACAUAAAUAAUAUAAUACAUAAUAUUAGAACAUUAUUAUUAACUUGUGUAAAUGGGUCAGUAGGAAACUUACUUCAUAACACAGAUAUAGUAAAGAGGGAAAGAAAUAUUUAUUUAGUUGAUAAUGAUACUAGUGAUAUAAAAACAGAGGGGAAAAAAGACAUUAAAAAUGAAAAAGAUAAUAGUAAUAAUAACAUAAAUAUUGAAGAUGAUUUUUUAAAUAAAUGUAAAAAAGUGCAUAAUAUUAGAAAAAGUUUACAAAAUACGCAUAUAAAAAAAAAUUAUUUUGUUAAUUCACAAAAUAAUAUAUUAGAUUAUUACAUAUAA